GCUAGCAGCAGUUACCGAUCCAGUAGGUUUACGUAGUAGGCUCGUUUGCUAAUAUAAAUUCCUAUGCACCCCGUGUCCGUGUGUGUAAUCUACUAGUCCUAGAUCAGAUCAAAGCAAUAUAUAUAUAGAAUCAACAGGUCCUGCAGCCAUCAAAUUAAAUCGCACGCGCGUGUGCUUCUCGCCUCGCCGGAUUGCCUCCUGCUCCUGCGUACGUAUACGCAUCAAGGCCGGCCGGCCGGCGGCUCUACGUAUAUACUGCUUCGUGUGUUCUUCGUCGGAAAGUAUCGCCAGCAGCUUCGCCCUCAAUCCUCACUCCUCCAAUCGCGGUGCAUAUGGCGGCGCAAGAGAAUACCCAAUUUUCCAGCCGCGAUGGAAGCCAAGAUCAGCUUGUUGUCAUCUCCGACACUCUUAAGCUGCUGCACCCUGUCGCCACUACUUUUGCAGUACUGGCAGCUUAUGCACUGUUGCUUAUGAUCAGUACAAACUACAUCCAAAUAGCUGCGAUCCCGGCUAUCAUACUUGCUUUCAUUGGUGCUUUGUGGGGCAAUUUCUGGGUCAAGGGAAGACUUCAGCAUAGAAACAACAAUGGAACUGCUGCUAAUCCAGCUUGGAGGAUGCUGCUACCCACGGUACUACUGUCGUAUUGUUUGCAGCUAAUCCAGCUUGCCUGUGCACAAGCGACCAACGGACAACAAAGUGACAAUUUCCUUCUCUCUCACUCCCUCCUCUUCUUUAGUUCCGCGCUUGGUGCACUGGCCGUGAUGAUUUCUGCGCUGCCCAUCAGAGCCAAUCAAUGUGUGGCGCAGGGGCAGCAACUGAUUCACAGGACCUUCAUUGUGGUUUUUAUGAUAGCAGUGCACAUCAUGGCUACAGAACAGAUGGUGGAGGGCAUGUUACUGGUUUGCAUGCCGGAGUUUAUUGCAUCACUUGUGUGGUUCACUGUUAAUUUUGAUCACGCCAGAUGUAUGGCGUACAUCGACAAGGUAACAUCACGCAAAUCAACAGUCAGCUUUCUCACUGCAGCAGUGGCUCUGUUAGCGUUCAUGUUUGCAUAUGAGAACGAGAUGGUACUUGCUAAUUACUGGCACAGAAGAAUCCUGUACUCCUGUACCUUGUCAGGGCUUCUAUCCUGCUUGUGCGUGUGUAUGAUCCUGCAGUGGCGGCCGGAUAUCUCUGCUAAUGUGUCCCUUGACUGGCCGAGCGAUAGUGCGAUCAUUUCCAUAAGGAUCCUCGAAUUCUCGGCACUGAUUUGCUUUGCUAUGUCAGCUGUGCUUCUCUUCAUUGGGUUCCUCUUGAAUUACUCAAUUCUGUAGACCUAAGUUUGCUAUGUAAGCAUGCAUGGCUACCUUGUAUGGCGGCCUCGGGACAAAGAUCGUCCAUAACUCUAGUGUUUUGUAAGCAUGCAUGGCUACCUUGUAUGGCGGCCUCGUGACAAAGAUGGACCAUAACUGUAGUGUUUUGCACUGUAUCUUCUAAUAUUUUUAUAACUACUAUUGUAGUGUGGUUACUGAUCUGGAUUGCUGAUUGUAGAGAGGCUACCUUUGAAUUUCAUUACCAGAAGGGAAUGCAAACAUUU